UUCCCGCGGCUUCAGCCCGGAGUCACCUGCUGUCGACUGAGAAGCGGACCGGUCUGAGCUGGAAGGAUUAGGGCUUGGCCGAGUUCAGGAAAGACUUUUCUUCGCGUCCCGUUUUCCCGUGCGAAGGGGGUCAAGCAGGAGGCAGCGUUCCUGAUCAUGGGCAGAGUGCCUUCCUCUCCGCACCAAGGGCUGCGGCAGCCGUGACCAGGGAUAGCCGCUUUGUGGGCUGACUGGCACGCACUAUGCGAAACCAUCGUGGGUUUGACUGGGUUUUGGCUUACCAUGAGGAGUGAACCCGGAUUUAUGGUUGGUCAACAGCGGCUUAUUCCUGAGUGUCCUGUAGGAACCCAGCCGUAACAGAACCCUGGCUAAUGAAACCACAGUUCAGGGCAGUACGUGAGUUCGCUGCGCAUGAAACUUCACUUGUUGAUGUAACCAGUCCACUUGCAGGAGGCAGGAUGGGACCCCGGACGCUUUAUUUUUUGCUGUUAAUCUCUGUGGGAGCAUCAGAGUUGGAAGAGCACUUUGAUGCAGCUAAGUGUCGGUAUGCCCUUGGCAUGCAGGAUCGUACCAUUCCAGAUGAAUCUCUCUCAGCCUCGAGCUCAUGGUCCGAUUCGACCGCUGCAAAACACAGCAGGUUGGCACUGAAUGAGGGCGAUGGAGCUUGGUGCCCCGCAGGACCGGUCUAUCCCAAUGAUGCAGAGUACCUGGAGAUAGACCUGCGCCGGCUGCAUUUCCUAACCUUAGUGGGGACGCAGGGACGCCAUGCCAGUGGCCAUGGCAAGGAAUUUGCUCGGGCAUAUCGGCUCCAUUACAAGCGUGAUGGGCACCACUGGAUGCCUUGGCGUGACCGGUGGGGCAAUGAGGUGAUUUCAGGCAAUGAAAAUACUGAUGAUGUGGUGUUGAAGGACCUGGGGCCUCCCAUCAUUGCCCGGUACAUCCGCUUCUACCCCCGUGCAGACCGCAUCAUGAGUGUCUGCUUGCGAGUGGAACUAUAUGGCUGUGUUUGGAAAGAUGGUCUUCAGUCCUAUACAGCUCCUUUAGGUCAGAUCAUGCCUUUGGUUCCAGAGCCGGUCUACCUGAAUGACUCCACUUAUGACGGGCCCAAUGUCAGCAAGUUACACUUUGGGGGCCUUGGCCAGUUGACGGAUGGGGUGGUAGGACUGGAUGACUUCACCCAAGCCAAAGAGCUGCGUGUUUGGCCCGGGUACGACUACGUGGGCUGGAACAAAAGCUCUUUUCCUGACGGCUUCAUCAAGAUGGAGUUUGAGUUUGACCGACUCAGAUCCUUCACGUAUAUGAAGGUUCAUUGCAACAAUAUGCACACACGUGGUGUGAGUGUCUUCCGGCAGGUGGACUGCCUCUUCAAGCACAGCCUUGCCACAGCUUGGGAGCCCGCCCCUGUCUCUCAACAGUUUGUGGUGGAUGUCAGAGACCCCAGUGCCCGCUCCCUCACUGUGCCCCUGGGGGGACGAAUCGGCCUGUUUGUCCAGUGCCAUUUUUACUUUGGUGACGAGUGGAUGCUCUUCAGUGAAAUUGCCUUUCUCUCAAAUGUUAUGGAUGACCCCUCCCUUGCUGUUUCAAGUCACUACCCCCCAGUGGUGGCCCCACCUCACCCUUCAGGCCGCAACUUUCCCAUCUCUCCAGCUCUUGGUUCUGCACUCAAUGAGAAAACCGAUGUCACCUCAAACCUCACCGAGGCAGACCUUGAGGGUGAAGGAGAAGCGAAAUCCGGCCAGCCAGUUGCAAAAGAUGACAACAGCAACACCUCCAUCUUGAUUGGAUGCUUGGUGGCCAUCAUCCUACUUCUCCUGGUUGUCAUAUUUUUCAUUCUCUGGCGUCAAUAUUGGCAAAAGAUUUUAGGAAAGGCCCAACGCCGCAUCUCUGAUGAUGACCUUACCGUCCACCUCUCUGCACCGAAUGAUACUAUUGUCAUCAACAACACAAUGGGCUCCAACCGGCACUCCAACCGAUAUGAACGUAUCCUUUCGGGUGAAACUGAAUACCAGGAACCCAGCAGGGCCCGCAUGAAACUUCCAGAACUUCCUCACAGUGCUGAGAAUUCUGCUCUGCUGCUCAGCAACCCGGCUUACCAUCUCCUCCUGGCCACCUAUGCCCAGCCAAUGGGAAGGCCUGCUUUCCCGCCACCCAACCAGGUUAAGCCAAUCAACACCAAUGCAUGUGGGAUUGACUACAUGGAACCAGAAAUGGCAGCCAGCCAGCCGGGCUUCCAGAACAACGUGCCACAUUAUGCUGAAGCUGACAUCAUCAACUUGCAGGGAGUGACCGGGGGGAACACAUAUGCUGUCCCUGCUGUUGCGGUGGAUGCCCUGGCUGGCAAGGACAUGGCAGUAGGGGAAUUUCCCCGGGAACGACUGAUCUUCAAGGAGAAGCUGGGUGAAGGACAGUUUGGAGAAGUCCACUUGUGUGAGGUGGAGAACCCUCAAGAUCUUCCAGGCUUAGAGUUCCCUUUCAAUGUACGCAAGGGUCGUCGCCUACUGGUGGCUGUGAAGAUUCUACGCUCUGAUGCCACGAAGAAUGCCAGGAAUGAUUUCCUGAAGGAGGUGAAGAUCAUGUCUCGUCUGAAGGACCCUAACAUUGUAAGGUUGCUGGGUGUAUGUGUACAGGAUGAUCCCCUGUGUAUGAUCACAGAGUACAUGGAGAAUGGUGACCUCAACCAGUUCCUGAGUGGACAUGAGCUGGAAGACAAGCUGGGUGGCAGCCCCAGCGGGAAACCCACCAUCAGCUAUCCUACUCUGGUCCAUUUAGGGGCUCAGAUAGCCUCUGGGAUGGCUUUUCUUGCCUCCCUCAAUUUUGUGCACCGGGACCUGGCGACCCGAAACUGCCUGGUGGGUGAAGGCUUCACCAUCAAGAUUGCAGACUUUGGCAUGAGCCGGAAUCUCUAUACUGGGGAUUAUUACCGCAUCCAGGGCCGAGCAGUGCUUCCAAUCCGCUGGAUGGCUUGGGAGUGCAUUCUCAUGGGUAAGUUCACGACUGCCAGCGAUGUCUGGGCAUUUGGGGUUACGCUCUGGGAGAUCCUCAUGCUAUGCCAGGAGCAGCCUUACAGCCAGCUCACGGAUGAAGCUGUUAUCGAGAACGCCGGCGAGUUUUUUCGGCAUCAGGGGAAACAGGUCUAUCUUUCCCGUCCUCCCGCCUGCCCCUUGGCUGUCUACGAGAUGAUGCUGAGAUGCUGGGCACGAGAGGCCAAGGACCGCCCAUCGUUCCAACACCUGCACUGCUUCCUGGCUGAAGAUGCCCUCAAUAUGGUGUGAACCAGACUAGUACUGGCUGUCAGAGGCUAUGUUAAGAAGUUGGACUGCACCAUAGAGACUGCUGGGGACAGGGUGUGGCUCAGGGGGCGUAAUGCUCUGUCGUAUCUCUGGGGCACAUCUGGUUGUUCACUCUGGCCCAGCCUUUGCUCAUCCAUAUCUCACCAUUCAUCCUCUAAUAUGUGGUUCUCUUUCCCCCCUCAUUUUCUUUUGCCUGGUUAUCUCUAACUAACUUAUUCCAUCUCAUGAUCCAAAAUGGUCAUUCUGAGAUUCUUAACCAAAUAGUCUGUUUUCCACUCCGUUAACCUACUGUAUAUUUCUCCUUGUCCUAAACCAGUCUGUUUCAGCUUUAAACCAACUUGGUGCCUUCCUGAUGUGUCUAGAAAACUACAAUUCCCAAAGUUGCCAGCUAGUAUUUAUCAACACAGAGUAAGCAACUGGGGGCCCUCCAUGUGUCUGGGCUGUCCCAAUUCCGUCAAGGACAUUUGCAGCAAAGGACAGUUGUAGUCCAAAACAUUUGGAGGACAUUAGAUUGUCUCUAGCCAGAGACUAUGUUGGCUAGAACAUCUUAGUUAUAGUUUCAGCACAUCUGGGAGACACCCAGGCAAGGAAGCUGCUCUGUCUAAUCUAGUCCUGUUCAUCCUACCUUAAUUUGAACAAAUAUUUCAUUACUUGUUCUUCUGAAAGUUUCUUCUCUUACAUCAUUUUACAUGUUUCUUCUGUCCUCUGAUCUCCAGAGUCUCGGGGUGAGCUGAGCCUCCCUAAGGAAGCAGGGUUAGUGGCUAGGUGAUUUCCUGAACCACGCUUUCUCUGAUUUCCUUCCUUUAGCGCCAAACCAGGCACAGUGUAAUGUUCUGAUUGAUGUGAUCAUGUCUUUCACGUCCAUUCAAUGCUAGCAGGUCUGUGAGUUGGUGUCAUGCAAUGGGCUGUGAACCUGAAAAACCUCCUUCCCAGUUUCACGUCAGACACAUCACUAGGGAGCCCUAAACUCCAGCCCCUCAUUGAGAACAUGAGGAGAAGAUAUUAAUGCUGGCUUACUUAGCAGGAGUUUGUAAGGAUUGCUGCAGUAAAGUCUGUAAACAUUUUGAGCAGUCAAGCAUAGUACGAUAUGUGCUUUGUGCCAUUUUGAAUAUUAACACUCUUUUUUUAAAUACCCUGCAAUCCUUGUCUUUGAUACUCCAGAGUAAUUGUGGGGUGGCACUCCCCCCUCUCCCCCCCACACUUCCCUUUAGCUUGCCAACUGAGAUCUGGGGGACUUGAAUGCUCUUUAAUGGGAUCUUCACCAAACCACCACUCUGGAUUUAUAAGUGAAGUUGGGGUGAUUGUUCCACCCGUUGAGUUGAGAGCUUUUCUUUAUUUCUAUUUUGUUUUAGCGAUAUUUUUUCUCUGUGGGACUUACAACAGAGCUGAACAAAUAUCUUUUCUGGUUAAGGGUUGGAUUCAUGCACAGCAACCUGUGUAACAUGGUGUCCAAAGUGCUCUGUGUAACUUACACAAAGAUGGUUGGUGCUGGUUUGGGGGCUUGGCUAGGAACAGCUGGUGAGGGGAGGGCAUAAUGUUAGGGAAGGCUAUUCUGUACUGUAAUUCCAUAUCCUUCUGGGAGCGGGGAAGGUGGUGCUUCCUGGAUAUCUCCCCCUUGCAUAUGGAGGCUUACACUCUGCACUGUUCCACUGUUUGUGUGUGUUGUCUUUCCCCGGAAAAUGUUUCUCUCUUUCUCUAAACCAGUGUUUUCCAA